CAAAAAAAAAACAACGAAACUAAAACAAACGUCAGAAGAAGAAGAAGAGGAGGUCGCAGCAACAGCUGAAGAUCAAGUGAAGUGAGCGACAAAAUGCAACGCACGCAGUCGCGGUCGCUGCCGCUGCUGCUGCUGCUGCUGCUGCUAACGACAGCACAGACGCAGACGCAGGCGCAGGCGCAGGCGCAGAAUAUAGAUGAAGGCUGCAGUUUCCCGGGCUCUCCGGCGCACAGCAGCGUUGUCUUCACGAACGCGAAUCUAACGCAGGGCACCGUCGCCUCCUACAGCUGUGAGCGUGGCUUUGAGCUGUUGGGACCCGCCAGACGUGUCUGCGACAAGGGUCAAUGGGUGCCAGAGGGUAUACCGUUCUGUGUGCUAAACGUGGCCGCGGGCAAGGCGCCAAUGCAGAUAUCAACUGAGGGCGCCGGUGCACCACAGAAGGCCAUCGAUGGCUCCACCUCCGCCUUCUUCACGCCGGAGACCUGUUCGCUAACCAAGCCGGAGCGCUCGCCCUGGUGGUAUGUCAAUCUGCUGGAGCCCUAUAUGGUGCAGCUGGUGCGUCUGGACUUUGGCAAAUCCUGUUGCGGCAACAAACCGGCUACGAUUGUGGUGCGCGUUGGCAACAAUCGUCCCGACCUGGGCACGAAUCCCAUAUGCAAUCGCUUCACCGGCCUCCUCGAGGCCGGCCAGCCGCUCUUCCUGCCCUGCAAUCCGCCCAUGCCGGGCGCCUUUGUCAGCGUGCAUCUGGAGAACAACACACCGAAUCCGCUGUCCAUAUGCGAGGCAUUCGUCUACACGGAUCAGGCGCUGCCCAUCGAGCGCUGUCCCACGUUCCGGGAUCAGCCGCCCGGCGCCCUGGCCUCGUACAACGGCAAGUGCUACAUCUUCUACAAUCGGCAGCCAUUGAAUUUCCUCGAUGCGCUGUCCUUCUGUCGGUCGCGCGGCGGCACCCUGAUCAGCGAGAGCAACCCAGCCCUGCAGGGCUUCAUCAGCUGGGAGCUGUGGCGUCGCCAUCGCAGCGACGUCAGCUCCCAGUACUGGAUGGGCGCUGUGCGCGAUGGCAGCGACCGCAGCAGCUGGAAGUGGGUCAACGGCGAUGAGCUGACCGUCUCCUUCUGGAAUCAUCCGGGCGGCGACGAGGACUGCGCCCGCUUCGAUGGCUCCAAGGGCUGGCUCUGGAGCGACACCAAUUGCAACACUCUGCUCAAUUUUAUCUGCCAGCACCAGCCCAAGACCUGCGGCCGGCCCGAGCAGCCGCCCAACUCGACGAUGAUCGCCCUCAACGGCUACGAGGUGGGCGCCCAGAUCAAAUACAGCUGCGAUCCGAACCACUUGCUGGUGGGACCGGCGACACGCACCUGCCUCGAAACGGGCUUCUACAACGAGUUUCCACCCGUCUGCAAAUACAUUGAAUGCGGUCUGCCCGCCAGCAUUGCCCAUGGCUCGUAUGGACUGCUCAAUGGCACCGUCGGCUACCUCAGCCUGGUGAAAUAUGCCUGCGACGAAGGCUACGAGAUGAUUGGACGCGCGCUGCUGACCUGCGACUUUGACGAGCGCUGGAACGGACCGCCGCCACGCUGCGAGAUUGUCGAGUGUGAUACGCUGCCGGGCAACUAUUACAACACGAUCAUUAGCGCUCCGAACGGCACCUACUACGGCUCCAAGGCGGAGAUCAGCUGCCCGCCUGGCUAUCGCAUGGAGGGACCGCGUGUGCUCAGCUGCUUGGCCACGGGCCAGUGGAGCAGCGCUUUGCCGCGUUGCAUCAAACUGGAGCCCUCCACGCUGGCCACGCCACCCGCACCGCCCUCGACGGCCUCGACGUCCUCGCUGCCGCCGUUUAGGCCCAAGAUCACGGCCAGCACGAGUCGCACGCCCGCCUAUCGUCCGCCCAUCAGCACCAGCAGCAGCAGCAGCAGUGCCACGCCCAGCACAGUCGCCAGCUAUCCACACAGCACGCCACAGGUGGAGAUCAAUGGCGAAGUCGACUCCGAUGAGGACAUUGUCAAUGUGCCGGUGCCGGGUACUGUGCGCGAAGAGUUUCCGCCCCGGCGCACCAUUCGACCCGUGCUCAUACCCAAGAAGCCCAGCAGCACGCCACCCACCAGCUACAGCACCAGCAGCUCCAGCUCGAGCAGCAGCAGCACCACCCAACAUGCGCCUGGACCCGUGUCCACCUACGCCCCGACGCCGGCGCGUACUCGACCCACGCUGGAGACGACCACGCGGAAUACGCAGCAGAUCAUCCUCAACUCGCAUCCGCAGGACAAUGAGAUUGCCGAUAGCGUCAACAUUCGCCAGAAUCAAUCGCCCAAUGUCAACGUGCCGUUUGCCGUCGACAAUCCCGAUCGCAAGGAGACCAAAGAGGCCAAGCUCAAUCUUGGAGCGAUUGUGGCUCUGGGUGCCUUUGGUGGCUUCGUUUUCCUGGCUGCUGUCAUCACGACGAUCGUCAUCCUGGUCAGAAGAAACCGCACCACACAGCAUUAUCGCCAUCGCGCCUCACCCGACUGCAACACGGUCGCCAGCUUCGAUAGCUCCACCUCCGGCUCCCGCAAUGGCCUCAAUAGAUACUAUCGCCAGGCGUGGGAAAACCUGCACGAAUCCGCCUCAAAGAACAGCUCACACAAUGCGCUGCGCCGCAAGGAGACGCUCGAUCCGCCCAGCAUGACGCGCUCUCGCGACAAUUUGCGCGACAAUAUGCAACGCUCCCGCGAGAAUCUGGAUAGAUGCGGCCGGGACAACUACGGCAUGCGCGACAACUCGGAGAUGGUCGUCUCGGAUGUGUGCCUGAAGGGCGAGAAGAAGCGCCAUCAUCACCAUCAUCACAAGAGCAGCUCACGCAACGGCGACUAUCGCGAUAGGGAUCAGUCCGCCGGGCGGCGCGAGCACCACAGGCACAGCGGCGGGGGCGGUGCCGGCGGUGGUGGCGGACACUAUUGACCAACCAUGAUCAUCACCAUCAGCGUGGAGGAGCAAUAGAAGCGAUCGCAACUAUCGAAGCUAUCGUAGCAAUCGCAAUAAUCGAAGCGAACGGAGCCUGAACAAAUUUCUAUUAAUAUAAUUUUUUUUUUGCUUGCAAUUUUCUGUCGGAUUUCGAAUUGAGCUUUAGAUUGUAGUUCAAAACUUUCUGUUUAUAGCAAAAAAAAGAAAAGAAAAAAAAACAAAAAAAGAGAAGGAAAAAGAAGAAAAGCAGAAGUGGGAGAUGCAUAUUAGAGCCUAAGGAAUUCUUGAAACUUUUGCAAAA